AUGCCAACACCUACAACAGCGCCUCCAUACAAGCCGCCCAAAGAUAUUCAGGAAUUGUUAGAUAAAAAACAAGAAACGUAUUUGAGAAGGCGAACAGCUGUGCUACCGAAGCGCUCAUGGAUAAAGCGUAAUCCGCGAUUAUUUCAGAUUACAUUUAUAACCACGUCAAUGCUAAUAUUCUUCUCAAAGCCGCUUUACGACGCAUUCAUAGCAGAUCCUUUACCCUUGAAGGGUUCAUCUAUACCACCUCAUAAGCGUUAAGGAAUGGAAUCUGUGCGCAAAGCCAACACUCGACUACGUAACUAUCCGAUUUUGCUUACAAAAUGUGCUGAAAAGGCGUCACUAUAUGCGGCGUGCGUAUCUCGGGAGAUCAACGUUCAGCCAAAAAUUUGCGAGAGCGAGUUCAAAGAAUUUUUGAAUUGUAUGCGUAAAACCGCCAAAGAACUAAAAACAAAGUUGUAAACAUA